AUGGCUUCCCGUCCUACAGUCUCCAUUUUGUCCGCCGAUGGCAAGGCCACCGGCGCCACCAUCCCUCUCCCAAAGGUCUUCACCUCCCCAAUCAGACCUGAUAUCGUUCAGACCGUCCACACUGGAAUGGCCAAGAACAAGCGUCAACCAUACGCUGUGAGCGAGAAGGCUGGUCACCAAACCUCUGCUGAGUCAUGGGGUACCGGUCGUGCUGUCGCCCGUAUUCCUCGUGUCUCCGGUGGCGGAACUCACCGUGCUGGUCAAGCUGCUUUCGGUAACAUGUGCAGAUCUGGACGUAUGUUCGCUCCUACAAAGGUCUGGAGAAAGUGGCACCAAAAGAUCAACCUUGGUCAAAAGCGAUUCGCAACCGUUUCUGCCCUCGCUGCCUCCGGUGUCCCAGCUCUCCUCUUCGCCCGUGGUCACCGCAUCUCCGAAGUUGCUGAAGUUCCUCUCGUUAUUGACUCCGAAGUUUUCGAGGGUGCUAAGAUUGCUCGCACUUCCGCUGCUGCUGGUCUCCUCAACACUGUUGGUGCUUUAGCCGAUGUUGAGAAGGUCAAGGGAUCCAGAAAGAUCCGUGCCGGUAAGGGUAAGCUCAGAGGCCGCCGCCACAGACAGAGACGUGGACCUCUCGUUGUCUACGACGGAAAGGUCGAUGGCAAGGAACUUGUCCGUGCUUUCCGCAACCUCCCAGGUGUUGAGACCUGUGAUGUUUUCUCCUUAAACUUGUUGCAAUUGGCACCAGGUGGUCACCUCGGACGUUUCGUCGUCUGGUCUUCAUCUGCAUUCAAGGCUCUUGACGAUAUCUAUGGUACUACCACCGCUCCAUCUGCCCUCAAGAAGGACUUCCUCCUCCCAUCCAACGUUGUCUCCCAAGCCGAUAUUGGACGUCUCAUCAACUCCACUGAGUUGCAAUCCGUCAUCCGUGCCGCUAGAGGAUCUGCGCGCACCAAGCGUGCUGGUGUUCAAAAGAAGAACCCAUUGCUCAACAAGCAAGUUCUCUUGAGAUUGAACCCAUACGCUGCCGGAUACUCGAAAGAGAAGAUCGGUACCAAGGGUUUGGAUGCUGGCAAGCCUGAGAGAAUCAACAAAAAUGAAUUCGCUCAGGUCUUGAAGGAGGAUUAA